AUUAUCAGGCCCUCUCUCCGUAAACAAUUACAAUCAAAACUAUGGCGUUAGAAUUCAUAACAAAACUUUGCAGUAAAGCUAAAUUAGAUAGGGAUAGAGGCUUUGCAGACUUAGAGGAAUACGUUAACGUUUGUGACGAAGAAGAAACAAUUAGUUUGCAACAAGACUUUUUGAGACUUCUCUCAGACUCUGAUUUAGGAUGGGAAAGUCGCCAUGGUGGUCUAAGUGGUGCUCGGUGUCUUUUUGAACAUGGAAAAAUUAGAAUGAAUGAUGAUGAAACUGGUCUCAGUCCUGGGACGACUUUUGCAUAUACAAUGAUAGAGAAAGCUAUGGAAAUGCUAGAACAUGAAGAGUUUAGAGUUCGAAUAGCAGCUGGAGAGCUUUUGGGUGUGCUAUGCAAAAUUAUUGGCACCGAAGUUUAUGAAAGGUGCAAAGAUCAAAUAACUCAAGGAAUCCGCACUAAUUUGGAGCGUCAUGGUCUUGGACUUUCUGAAGAUUCACUAGACUCUCCCAGUGAUCAGCCAGAGAGCAUCAUGUUUGGGUCACCCAAUACCAGUGCACGACUUAUUGAAAGGAGAUCAAGUGAAGCUAAAGAGAUACUCCAUGAUACAGCUGGAUGGAAAUCAUUGGAAACAUACAUGAAGUGUCUUCAAAGUGUGAUACUUGGCUGUGGCUACAGAUUCAAUGACUUUGUUGACCAGGAACUAUUGGACCUUAUCUUUGAGGCAUUAAUGCACACUAAUCGUUUUGUCAGAGAAACUGGAUUCUAUGUCUGCGGUGCCCUGGUGACUUGUGGAGCCAAAGAAGGCUCUGAAACUGAUAGUGAAGCAAAAUUAACAGAAGAAAAUGCAAUCUAUCGCCAUGGCAAGGUUUUCUCUGAGUAUUUGGGUCGAGGAGUAGCUGAUAACUGGAGUCAGGUGCGAAUGGCUGCUUCAGUAGCAACUCGUCAAUUCCUAACAAGUUUACCAACAGAAGAGGCAAGAGAAAAGUUUUAUCCUAUUCUAAUUCCUCGAAUGUGCCUGAACAGAUAUUACAUGGCUGAAGGGGUGAGGCUUUAUUCACAAGAAACCUGGCGACAGAUCACAAAGGGUGAAGGCAAGCAUUUGGUAGAAAAAUAUAUUGAUCAAGUGGUAGACUAUUACAUCCUAGCCACUGACUCUGACAACCAUGCUGUUAGAGAAGCUGCAUGUGCGUGUAUUGCUGAACUGGGCUCUAAGAUUGACAAGUCUGCAGUGAGUCCCUAUGUUUCCAAACUACUAGAGACACUUUUGGUUUGCUUUAAUGAUGACAGUUGGCCUGUCAGAGAUGCUGCUUGCAUAGCAUGUGGUCAUUUUGUUUUGUGUUUUCCACAAGAAUCAAAGUCGUCCCUGCCAGCAUUGUUCCCAUUGUUUUUCAAUAACCUACAAGACAACAUCCCAUCUGUCAGGCAUGGUGCGGCUGUGGCAAUUACAAACAUCGUCAAGGCUUAUGGUCCUGCUGAGCAGGAAGUUGUGUUUUGUAAGAUAAAAGAAGGGUUUGAAAAGAUUAAAGAGCAGCCAGCAACAGCUGAAAAAUAUGGCAACUUGGAUAGUUCUCCAGCAACAUUUGGGGUUGUGAAAUACUUGAGGGAUAACGACAUGGACUUACACACUGACCAAACGAUGUAUUCUUGUGGCUCUCUGGCUCCUAAGAUGGGGCGAGGUGGGGGCUGUAUGGAUCACAAGUUUAGGAAACCUCCACAGCCUUGGGAAUUAGCUGAUGGCUGUGUCCACCUAUUGGCAGAACUUAGCCACAUCCCGGAUGUGAGUGGACAGGUCAGCAAGCUAAUCCCAAAUAUGGCUACAGCUUGUAAUGUUAAGAACUACACUCGUUACCCUAACUUUUUGGAAACAGUUUGUAAACAGCUUCCUAACAUUGCCAAAGGUUUAGGAAAGCGACCAUUCAAAAUGUACUUAGAGAUGUUCCUAGAUUACAUCUUUGAGGCACUGGACUGCGAUGUAGUGUUGACAUCAUCAUCAGCCAGUCAGUGUCUAAUUGACCUUAGUCUCUUUCUGGGGCCUGGUAUUGUCAGAGGAAGAAUCGAAAGUUUUAAUAGCUCCUACCUACCCAAGUUUGACUCCCUCCCUGGGCUGCCACAUUGAAAUAAGGUUGAAGAAUCUUUCUAGAGACAGUAUUAUAUUCUCUGCUUUGUGUGUUGAGACUUCAGUGAUGAAGCUGAACCUGAUAGACAAUUGUAAAUGCAGUCAUUUUAUAUGUAUAUUUUUUUUUAGACAGAUCAAUUUAAAGUUAUGAGUUUGUAAUGUUUUUUUCUAUAUAUCCAAAGCUAUCCAAAACUUGUUAGCUCACUGACUUAUGGCUUUUGAAAGGUUGUCAUGCUUCUUUCCUCUACUGCUACCAACAGUUUUGUAUACAAAACAUCCCCCGCCAUCCUGAUGAAAGUUUGGGCUAGGAUACAAUAAUUAACAAUGCUGAAUGCACAUUCAAAGCGAAGCAAUGUUAAACAAAACAAGAAACUACCAGAAUGUGUUUGGUGACAAACAUAGCUUGGACAUAAUGUGUCAGUAGAGAAUUACUGAUUAUAUACUCAGGGCUUAAUGUGAACUGAUUAGAAGGGAUUAAUGUGCAGUGUUUAAAUGUAAUAUUUGUGAAGAAGACUGAUUUAACAUGUUCUAAUUAGUUCCACAUAUGUGUACGUGAUCGUCCCAAUCAAUGGACAUAGCUACUUUCAAUGACAUUAUUUUCCUGUUCCAUUAUUCUUACUUGUCAUACUGUGGACUCUAAAACACAAUGUAAAAUCUGAUUUUGAGUGUGUGUGAGUUGUCAUUUAUUGAUUAGGUUCCACUUAAUUUGAAGUGCCUGGGACUAAGUAUAUCCUACAUGGUAGGCUCUUGUCCAUGUUUAGAACAAAUGAAUUUUGUGGCCCACAUUCAGUGAUGAGAUGUGCCAGCUUUCCUUAGAACUACAUUAUUGUAACUUCAUUUCUCAGCAACAAAAGACUGAAAGACAACUUUCCUAAGUUUUCUCAAAAAGAAUUGAGCAUGACAUUCAGACAAUAUCUGGCCACAUGAACUUAUUGACGGGCAUGUUUAUAUGAGCUAACAUGACCAACUUGUACUGGGGAGAAUGAAGCUUGUCUUAAGUCCGAAGAUUAAGGAAGAGUGAAAUACUUCUUGUGGCUAUGCAGUCUGAGCUGUAUCUAUAUAUUUUGCUAUAUUCAGCAUAGUCAUAACCGUUGUCUGUCAAUGGUCAAUUUAGGUUAUUUUUCUGUAGUCUAUGUCUGUCCAUGGCUGUAGAUUUCCUUUUAGUCUGAAAGAUGUAUCCCAUGGCCUAUGUAAUAAAUCUCCAGCUGUCUUGUUUGGAAGCUUUUUGCUGCCAGUUGCUCUCUUCUAUGUCAGUUAAAGCUUGCUGAAAAUGUUUGCUUAUGUUCAGUAUGGGGUACCUGAUAUGAAAAUGUUUGGCUUAUGUUCAGUUUGGGGUGUCUGAUAUGAAAUUGUUUGGCUUAUGUUCAGUAUGGGGUACCUGAUAUGAAAUUGUUUGGCUUAUGUUCAGUAUGGGGUACCUGAUAUGAAAUUGUUUGGCUUAUGUUCAGUAUGGGGUACCUGAUAUGAAAUUGUUUGGCUUAUGUUCAGUAUGGGGUACCUGAUAUGAAAUUGUUUGGCUUAUGUUCAGUAUGGGGUACCUGAUAUGAAAUUGUUUGGCUUAUGUUCAAUAUGGAGUACCUGAUAUGAAAUUGUUUGGCUAAAGUUCUAUAUGGAGUACCUGAUAUGAAAUUGUUUGGCUUAUGUUCAGUUUGGGGUGUCUGAUAUGAAAUUGUUUGGCUUAUGUUCAAUUUGGGACGUCUGAUAUGAAAAUGUUUGGCUUAUGUGAACUUAGGAAUAAGAAACUGGUUCUCUUGAGAGUUAUUUUAAUUGUAAACUUGUCUAAAUGUUUUAUAGCUGCAUGUUUUAUAUGAUUUUAUUGAUUGAAAAUUGAAAAGCCUUUUUUUUUGUAUAUAAAUCACUUGAUGAGAAAUAAAAACCUGAUCAAUAUUUUA